AUGUCGCGACCUCUGCUGUCCCCUGCUGUGGACUCUAAUGAUGGAGAAACAAGUUCUCCUCCUGCUUCUCCCUCUGAUCACGACGAGGAGGUGUUCCCUAGCUCCCCUUGUUUGCGAGUUGCUGAUAUAACUAAGGAUUUCCCAGCAGCUACCUCCGCGUCACCCGUUAGCUCCCCUACGUCGGAAGAUAGUGCAUCACCUUCCCCCUCCUAG